AUACAAACAAAAUAUUAAAUAACCUACAUCCCUAAUUUUUGUCAUUCGCUCAGUUAACUUUAAACUAAAAACAACUGACAGACAACAAGAACUUAAAACUCGACAAAAACUAUUCGUCGGAAAAUUCUAAAGGAGUUUACCGACUGUAUUUACCGUGGCCUUUGAGGACGUUCCGCUUGGUUCCGGCGGCGCUGCCGUCCCGAGUAUCACUCGGACUACAUCAAGACAGUGUAUAGCUUGCGAUCACCGCGCCAAGCUGUUACCCGACAUCCCAGAACCGGUAUCGGCUCCACCGGUGCUGGUACCGACACCCGUGCCUGAAGAGCCGGCAUUCAUACGUGAAGAGCCGGUAUUCGUACGUGAACAGCCGGUUUUCGCACGAGAAGAGCCGGCAUUCGAAAGUGCUCGCCGUUCCGUAAUGACGGCGAAACCGGAGAACGUGCAAGAAGCCCUAGAGGACAGGGACCCUAACAAUCUGAACCAACAUGUGCAGAUAGUAUGGGACGACAUAAUCGGCGAGCCGGAAGGCGCGCGCAGCCCCGAGUGCGCGUGGCGACUCAGUCACGCGUGCUUCCGACACUCGCGCAACUUGUGUUACACUGUGCUGGCCGUGCUCAUCGCGCCGCCCUGUGCGCUGUUCCUGGGAUGCGGGUUCGCUUGUCUCGCUUUUGAGCAAAUCUGGUGCACGGCACCCUGCAUCCGCUGCGUGAAGAUCUACUUCGCAUCACUGCGGACUAUAGUGCAAGCCUGCAUGGCGGCUACCGUGGCGCCCGCAGCCGAGGCCGUGGGUCAUGUGUGCCGACACAUCAGGGUUAACCUCAGGAAGGAUGCCCCGGAGGAGAAGGAUAUACUCAUCAUUUAGAUAAAGACUUGAGGAUUUCACCAACAUUACCUAACGUCAUUUUAUAUAGCGUUAGAUUAAAAAAUAAAUAGUGUUAGGUUCUUUUUCAAUUUUGUGGAAUAAACAACCCAAAUAAUAUGUUAACCUUCGAAUGUUUUUUUUUUUUUAAUUUGGGUAUUUGUGAACUCUAAAAUAAACCCACUAGGUUUAUCGACCAAUUUUUUGUCGUAAUGAUAUAACGUAAGGCGUGAUUUUAGUGCCAUAGUUUUAAAGCGAUAUUGAAACAUGCAAAUGAUUUAUUUGGUCACUAUUCAAAACACGUUUGUACAAAAAUUGCCCCAAGUGCCUUUAAAAAGAUAAAUAUUUAAUUAACUAUAUCAAAGUUUUGUACCUUUAAGCUAUGCUAUGUUUCUACCUAAUAUUAUUAGAUCUACAUAAUCAUAAUGUUAAAAACAUAGAUUUUACUUAUUUCAAUGUUGUUUUGUGUUACAUGUAUUUAAAAAUAAAAAACAAAAAAAAA